AUGGAAAACAACGAUGAGGGAAAAAAUGCUCCCAGGGAGGAAGACGUCCAAAAUGGAGAAAGCGGUGGAAAAACCUUUGCCCUUUUCGAAAAUGAGAACUUUGAAUUGAAUGCAAGUGAUGAUGAGUUCGAGUCGGGGAGCGCCGAGGGGGAUGACGCGGAAGAUGGCGAGUGCACUGAGGAGGUGGACCAAGACGAUGGUGAUGAAAGCGGGUCCCAGAGUGAAGACAUGUCCUACGGCGAUUUGAGUUGCGACGGGGGUAACGAUGACGAGGAUGAGGAGGAUGACGAUGACGAUAACGAUAACGACGGAGACGGUAAGGGGGAGAACCCAUCUGGGGAAGAUGGUAACGAUGUGGAUGAGGAGGAUCCCCAAGCGGGCGACACAACACAGGGGAUAACAGACGUGAGAGCACAAGUAUCUGGAAUGCUCAAAAGGAAAAACAAAAAAAAGUGGAUCAACCAGGAGGAACAAAUCUACAAGGACGAAAUAGGAGUCUACAGAAAAGGGAAACUGAUGAAGAGCGAAGAUAUUGAGGAUCGUAUGAAGUAUCUCCUGCUGCUAUUCAGCGAAAGGGAGAAGGUGAUUAAAUUACCUUCCGCAGGGGGGAAGGCAAAAGUAAACAAAGCAAGCAUUGUGAAAGAGCUUCUAUUUUAUUACACCUAUUUCUAUGAGUACAGUGAGGAGUUGAUAAAAUAUCUGUACUACUUAUUUGAUCUUAAGGAAUUGUAUUGGUUUCUUGAAAUGAAUAAUCUACCAAAGGAGAUACACUUACGAACGAACACGGUAAAGAUAACGAGGAAGAAUUUAAUGAAUAUUUUGAAAAGCCAAAAUAUAAAUGCAGAAGAAGGAGAAAAUUGGAAUAACGUAGGGAUAGUUAUAAACGAUGUCAACUCAAACGUAGGAUCUUUGAAUGAAUACAUGUAUGGAUAUUACAUGAUUCAAUCAGCCUCUUCUUUAAUCCCUGUGUUGGAAUUAAACGUACAGCCAGAUGAUACUGUCUUAGAUAUGUGUGCUGCCCCUGGGGGGAAGUGCACCUUCAUAUGUGCUCUCCAAAAAAAUAGAGGUUUCGUAUACGCAAAUGAUAUUAAUAAAAUGAGAUGCAAAGCUAUUGAAGCCAAUGCCUCGAGAAUGGGGAUCCAUAAUUUAGUAAUUACCUCCUUCGAUGCGUUGAAGGUUGGACAGAAGUGGAAUUUUCUAUUCGACAAAAUUAUUCUGGAUGCCCCAUGUAGUGGUACAGGAGUGGUUAAUAAAAAUAAAGGAGCCAGAAGAAAGACGCUUAAGGAAAUCAGAGAGCUCGCACAGAAGCAAAGGAAACUACUGAACAAUGCCAUCAGCUUAGUCAAAAAUGGAGGUAUAGUCGUCUACUCCACUUGUAGUAUCACCGUGGAGGAAAACGAACAAGUUAUUAAUUAUAUUUUAAAAAAAAGAGAUGUCAAUAUCCUCCCUCUUGACACCCAAAUUGGGGAUCCAGGCAUUACACACUACAGGAAGAAAGAAUUCUCCAGCAAGGUCUCCCUCUGUAGGAGGAUUUACCUGCACAAACACAACUACGACAAUUUUUUUGUGGCCAAGCUGUGGAAGCGCUCCGACGCCGUCUACACGAAGGGGGGAGUGAAGUCGACCAAGAACAACAACAUGGUUGAUAAAAACGUUAGAAAGAACAACGACAUGGUUGGUAAGAACGAUCACAACACGGAACAGAAGGGAGAUGGACAUCCCAAGUCGGGAAUUAAAAACAAAAAAAAAGGGAAAUUCCGAAAUAGAAAGGGAAAGAAGAAGAAGGAAAAGACGGGCGCACCCUCCACGAUACCAAGUGAUAAGAAGGUAAAGAAAGGGGCAUCCUUUCACAAGAGAAAAACCACGUUCAAUGGAAAGAACGCCAAGUUUGGAAAAAAAAAAAAAAAAAUACACACGGGGAGGUAA